CAGCUGCCUAGAGUGACUAAGUUACUUGGGAACUAUAGGCUCUCAGUCGAGUAAGUCUUCAGUGAAACUAAUCAUUGCUUUAGCGUACGUCAGGCACCCGGGUACUAGUAUUCAGUUGACUCAGUUGAUGCACGGUUGUGAUGGACAACUUCGACGACUACAGACCGUGUCCGGACGGAAGGAAGAUUGAUCGCACGAUUGUCCUAAUGGGUCGGACAGGCAAGGGCAAGUCCACUCUGGCAAACGUCAUUGCCGGUCGAUACAAGGGUGACUUGUUCCCGGAGUCCAGCUCUCCGACCAGUAAGACCCAGGGCUUGCCUACUAAGACCGUCCUCGUGCCGUACGCGGGCCACGAUUACGCAGUGAAGAUCAUCGACACCAUCGGAUUCUGCGACAACCGCUUCACCGAAGAGCAGGUGCUACUGGAGCUUGCGCAUUUGGCACACACGUGCAGCGGUGGGAUCAACCAGAUCAUCUUCAUCACCAAUGGCCGCUUCACCCAGGAAGAGCGACAGGCCUCCGAUUCCGUCAUUGACGUGAUCUUUCAGCCGCAAGUGGCGCCCUUUUGCACCCUGGUUCGCACGAGAACGCCGGGCGGGGAGCUGCGAGAAGACGUCAUAUCGGCCAAGACACAGGCCUACAAGGAGGAGUCGGUCGCUCUGCACCCCAGCCUGGGGCGCAUCAACACUUUCCUCAUGGUCAGCAACCCAGACGACGGCGAUGACCACAGCUACGAAGUACGCAGGAGAACUCGAAAGCGUAUGGUCGAGCAUAUCAUUCUGCAUUAUCAGGCUGUUUACGUUCCACCUCUGUUUGCCGAAGUCAAGGGCAGGAUCGAUGGCCAUAUACAACAGAAGACCGAGACCGAACGCAAACUCCAGCAGCUUCAGGAGGACCUGGCGGCUGCGCGCAUCAGCGAUGCGGAGUUCAAGAGGAGUAACGCUGAGGAGCUGGAAAGGCUCAAACGCAUCAACGGGGAGCUGACUGCAAAGGUCAAGGAAGAACUUCCGUGGUGGAAAACAGCCCUGAAAAAACUGGGACAAGUAGCAAGCACAGUAUUGCGCGAUAUGAUUGUGCCUAGUUUGGAUGUACGCUAUCCAGUACCGCACUAAUGGUCAGGAUGCCAACAUGACGGAACAAGUGGUCCCUGCAAGCACCACACGGCAGGAGUUUGCUGCAGCUUCAUGCAAAUUUUUUGUACCGUAGGUCCUUUCCUAUGUACCUAGGGUAAAAAUUGAGGAUAGCAUCAUGGUCGGGGUUAAACUGUCCCAAUCAGGGAUGUAUAUCAUCUUUUCAAAGCAUUCGUCUAGGGAUUUAGUUGAAUCUUUUACUUGUACACAACCUUGUUACAUUUGCCUUGAGUUUCUUUGGAUUAGGCUUUUUUCAAAUUUUCAUUUUGAUUUCAUCGUCGAGUUUCAUCCCUUGUAUCUUUGGUUUUCUUCCUUCUUUCCAUGUCGUAUGGUUUGAAUAAGCCCGUUUUGAGUCCCAUGCAGGGCGUAGUCAAAUAAAUGUAGUAAUAUUACUACUCCCUGGUUCAAACACUCAACUGCCUUGGUGUAUGCUCAAGCUGUGCGUACUGAUGCUGCCCUUGUAUGUAUGUAUGCACAGGUACUUGCAGUACACUUUGCUGAAUAACAAUCCCUCACAUCUCCAUCCUGGAUGAGAACAGUUACGGUCGUUUUUCAGGAUUCGUUUUUCUUCAGGUGGAGCAUUUCUUUAGUCAAUUGGCCCCUAUAUGUACGUCACAAAACUAUCUAGCUAUGCCUGAGUUGGUCCUACUCCGGAGGUCGUUUUUGACGAGGUUGACUGCGUUAUUGUUUUGGUGUCCCGUGCAUCUACAUGUACACUACACAUGUACAUUGUACAUGUAUAGUGUACAUGCUACUGUAGUUUUGAUGGAGACCAUCAUGAACAAUGGACUGUCUAAUAAUAAUUAUUAUUCACUUGUCCUGUCUUUCUAAAUAACAUGUUGUUGCACAUGUUCUUGGGUUAGUUUUUGGCCUUUAUGGGGUUACUUGUUGUUUUUGGAGAGUUCAUCUUUAUGCUUCUUUUAAAGAAAACAAAACAAAAUUGUAGUACUGAUUA